AAUUGAAAACGUCAAAUAGUUUGGAACAAAAAAAUUUCUCUAAAACGUUAUAUUAAAAAAACGGAGGGAGUAUAUUUUAGAACAGAAGGAGUAUUAUACAAAAAGACAUGAAAAGUCCACACAUAAUUAUAUAAAGCCCAACGAUGAGCAAACCUAAAGAAAAAGAAAAGCCAGCACAAAAAUGUUAAAGCCAGAAAAUACAUGUGACGACACAUGGAUUAUCAUCCUUCCUCCGCCGACAUAGAAGAACGCCGGAGAAACCGAGAUUAUCACCAAGAUCAAAUUUUAUCAAUCACUAACAACUAUCAAUCGAAAUAGCUCAGAUGGAGAAGAUCAAAGAGCUACUCACAUCAGAAAAAUCACACAAGAAGAUCUAUCCAUAAGAAGAGAAACUUUCUCUCUAAAAGAAGAGAGAGAUCGUUUUUUUAUCGUAAUAAAAUUAUAUUUUCAGAUUUUGGAUAAUUCUUAUUAUUCUUAAUGUUAAUCAAUUAUCUAAAUCAAAAUCAAUUAAAAUUUCGUUUUUAUUUUUUAAUUUAUUUAUACAUUUUAUUCAUUAAAGGUAUAAACGAUAUUAACCACUUUAACUUUUAACGUGAGAGCUUUAUUGCGAAAAUUUAUUUCACAAAUAAUAGUAUAAAUUAUUGUUUUUGGUAAAAAUAUUAUGAUAUUAAUUUGGUGACAUUUAGACGUAAAUAAAAUAAUAUUUUAAGGAUGAUUUUCAAAAUAUAUUUCAGUUUUAAUUAUAUAGACGUAUUUGGCGGAAACUUUUUUUCUGUGCAUUCAUCUAAUAAGAAUAAUUUGAUUUGUCUCUGUGCGUCAGUCAAUACUGUCAAUUCAGUUUUGUUUUGUUUUAUUUUAUAUAACAUAUAUUAUAGCAGUGUAAAUCUGAUUCAUGAAUGAUACUACACGAUAUCUUGGUGGUUAGUAACUUAGUACUAAUCUCAGUGAACAUAUAUAAACCACGGAUGCUCUAGAUACAUCUUUGAGUAAUAUUUGUAUUUCCUCUUUGGAGACGAUGUAAUGUAAUAACGUGUUCAGAAUAAAACUUGUAAUAAAUCAAAGGUGUAUCAAGAGUCCUGGUUUUAAAUAAAGUGAACCAUGAUCGGUAAACUUAACCGGUUUAAUAUCUGGUUCGGUUUUAAAACCCCCACAUGUAGAGAGAAAGAGUUUAUCCAAAAGAGGCGAGCGAAAAACCAAAGUGCAACACGUCACAUGAUCCGCAAGAGACGAACUCGUGUUACUUGAUUGAUUGAUGGCAACAAGUAAAAUGCAAAUCUCGCUGUCUCCUUCAUGUUUUGAUUAAAGCUCUGUCUUUUUUUUUUUUUUCCUAAAAUGGACAAGACACUGAGAUGUGUCCGGUGGGGUUACGAGGUUAAUGCUUCUUCUGAUGAAUGCAUCAACGCAAUUGACUCAUACUUUUAUCAGGUUCUUAGUUAUGGCAGGAACUGGAAAGUGAUUCUAGAAGCACCACUCCACGACAAAGAUUGUGUCUUGGGCAACGUUUUAGCUGCUCAUUACCUUUCCUCAUCGGAUCAUUCCAAAGCUAAUACCUAUGUUGAAGCUGCAAGAUCCAAUCUUGAACAAUCUACACCUUAUGAGAAAGCUGUUUUCGAGGCUGUUAGUUAUCUCAUCUCCGAGGACAGGGAUGAUGACUUGGCUCUUGAAAUGCACACCCAGCUACUUCAAAGAUUCCCCAAGGAUCUGGCCUCUCUGAAGAGAGCUCAGCUUUUAUGCUUCUGCAUGGGACAGCCUGCUCCCUUUUUGAGUCUUGUUCAGCAAGUUCUACCAGUGAAUCAAGAAGAGAGUUAUAUACACGGUAUGCUUGCGUUCCCAUUAUUAGAACUUGGUCGAAUGGAAGAAGCUGCUGCAGCUUCCAGAAAAGGCUAUGAGAUUAACAAAGCAGACGCCUGGGCACAUCACUGUUUGUGUCAUGUUCUUCAACAUGAAUGUCAGUUUAAAGAAGCAGUGGAGUUCAUGGAAGAACUCUCAGAAUCUUGGCACUCUUGCUCAUCCUUCUUGUAUACACACAAUUGGUGGCAUAUUGCUCUCUGUUACUUGGAAGGAGGGUCACCAAUGAGCAAAAUAGAGGAGAUUUAUGAUAAACACAUCUGGAAAGAAUUGGAGAAAGGCGACGCUGUUCCUCCUGAAGUUUAUCUCAAUGCUAUCGGUUUGUUAUUGCGUUUGGAUGUAAGAGAUGCUCUCCAAGGUUCGUUUGAAGACCGUCUAAAACUCCUUGCAGCUCGCUAGACUGAUCAGGAAAACUGGUAUAUGUCAUGGCACCUUGACAUACUGAUUGUUUGGGCACUAGCCAAGGUUGGAGAGACUUCAAAAGCUCGUGAAUUACUAGAGGGUCUGAAGCUCCGACUAUCAAAGAUGAACAAGAAGAAACAAGAGGUGAUGAAGAGAGGAAUUCAGCUCGGAGAAGCUGUGUAUGAAUACGCAAAGGGUGACUACAAACAGGCUCUAGAACUGCUUGGUUCAGAUUUUAACGCCUUUGAUUACAAGAUCAUUGGAGCAUCAUAUGAACAGAUUGAUGUUUUCAACGAAAUGUGGUGCCAGCUGUUGCUAAAGACAGGCCAAUCCUCAACUGCCAAAGGAGUGAUAAAAGAGAGGAUCAAGGUCAGAGAUGGUGUUCCUUUCACGUGGCGUUUACUGGAGAAGAGUUGUGACAUGGAAGGCAAUGCAGAGGCUGAGAGUGCAGGAGAGAGAGCUAAGAAGCUGGGAUCUUCUUAUUUUUAACUCUGCUGUUGCCAGUACCGGUCUAACAUAAUAUAAUGCCCUAAGCCAGUUCAAAAAAAUUUAUGCAUUUAUAUCUCUAUAAUAUUAUUUGAGAAGUCAGUUUCUUACGUGUAGUUCUCAUGUUAAUUUUAAAGUAGUUAAUUACAAAAGUAUUCUUAAUGAAUUGAAAAUAUUAUGCAGAAUGUCAUUAUUAUAAAUUUUUAUUUUAUUUUC